CGCGAGAUGUAUGGGCAUGCUAGGAGACUGGAUGACUACUCGCGUAGCCCUCGCUAUGAGCCUGACGGGGGUAGAAGCGACUCUCGAGGCCGAUAGGAGUCGGAUCCGGGCCGGCGAGAUGGAUACAGGGAUGGUAAAUAUGAGAUAUCGGACCACGAUGGACGUAGAAAUGAAAGAUAUGAAAGGUCGGAUCGAGACGGAUACAGGGAUGGUAGAUAUGAGAGAUCGGACCGCGAUGGGCAUAGAGACGACAGAUAUGAGAGGUCGGAUCGAGACGGAUACAGGGGCGGCAGAUAUGAGAGAGGAGAUCGGACUGAUGAUUCACGCGGGCGGUACGACCGAGGAGACUGACGUGAUGAUUCACGCGGGAGAUGAUCUGGGAGAUGUAUCGAUGUUCCCCUCGAUGAAGGAGAAUGUCGAAGCAAGGAGAGUAAAGCGGAGUAAAGGAAAGGAACCGGUUAGGAGCCAGAGCAUCAAGAUAACUUUCGAAGGAGAUAUGGCGACCACACCCAUAAGGGUGGCAGCUACCAAGUCCGCGGGAGGGUCUAUAUCGAAGAAGACCGACACGGAUUACGUGAUGGCGGAGAAGGAUGGCGGACAACGGAUCGAUGGAGAGGAGGUUAUUUUUUCGCCGCGAAAGUGGGGAGUAAAGAAGUUUUUGAUGAAGAGUUCGCUGGAUGAGAUUGACACGGUCGAGCCACUGAGACGGGCCCUUCGGCAGCCCAUGCAAUGCUCUAUUCUGGAGUACCUAGCGGCAUCGAAGCCGGCUCGUGAUGAGUUACAGAUGAUCACGCGGAAGACUCGUGUACCUCUAUCAGAGGAGGCUCAGGGGGCUCCUAAGGCGGAAGCUUCUACCGUAGCAGUAACGGGGGUGCCUGCUAGAGCGGAUCGCAUGGCGACAGUCCUUCUUGAUGGGAUGGAAGGUGUGCCUCCAAACAAGUUUUACAUACUUGGUAGUGGGGCCGUGGAGACAAUCAUAAACGAUGGAGCGGUACUAGAUGCUGUGAUCGAUAACGGCAGUGAGGCUGUCAUUAUAGACGAGGAUCUGGCAGUACAGGUUGGACUGGACCUCGAUAAGUCAUACCUAUUCGAAAUAAGGACUGCUGAUGGGAGAAAGCAACAGAUCACUUGGGUUUGUCACAAGGCAACCAUAGAGGUCCAAGGGGUACGAGUGACCCUGCCUGUCUUUGCAGUCAAGAACUGCAGCUCCGAUCUGCUCUUGGGACGAACGUGGUUGAGCCACGUGCACGCGGUGACGAUAGAGUGACCGGAUGGGAGCCAGACAUUGUCCAUUAAGAAGCUAGAUGGGACGCG